AUGGACCACCAUCCACCUCCCGGCGACGAGAAACCACCGCCACCACCCUCCGCCGCCGUCCUCGCCGCCCUCAUCGACGACAACAUAGACGCCAUCUCCUUCACAUCCACCACCCCAACUCACCCCCCGGACAGCACCAGCAGCAGCAGCACCGCCACACCGAGCCACGCGUCCUGGUCCUCGGCCUCCUCCCGGCCCCACCGCCCGCCGCCCUGCGACGUGUGCUGGCGGCGGAUGGUGGAGUACUCCUCCGCCAUGACGCUGUCGGAGCUGCGGUUCGUCCACCGGCUGGGGAGCGGGGACAUCGGGUGCGUGUACCUGGUUGAGGUGAAGGGCGGCGACGGCUGCCUGUUCGCCGCCAAGGUGAUGGACAUGAAGGAGAUGGCCAGUCGCAACAAGGAGUCACGCGCCAGGGUCGAGAGGGAGAUUCUGGAGGUGCUUGACCAUCCUUUUUUGCCGGCGCUUUACGCUACCGUUGAGUCGCCGACGUGGUCGUGUUUGUUGACCGAGUUCUGCCCAGGCGGUGAUCUCCACUCGCUGCGUCAGGACCAGCCGGAGCGUCGCUUCAACGAAUUUGCCGUCCGAUUUUACGCGUCGGAAGUGGUGGCGGCGUUCGAGUACCUCCACAUGAUGGGAAUAAUCUACCGCGACCUGAAGCCGGAGAACGUCCUCGUCCGCUCCGACGGCCACAUCAUGCUCACCGACUUCGACCUCUCCCUGAAAGACGACGCAACCUCCACCGCCGCACAGAUCGUCUGCUCCCUCCCCACUCCUCCCUCUCCACAUCCCUCCAACGUCAAGGAAUAUUCCUCCUCCGCCACGUCAUCAUCGGGCUGCACCAUCCCCAACUGCAUCUCCCACGCCGCCACCGCCGCCUCCUGCUUCCACGCCAACCGGAAUCCGAAAAAGAAGAAGAACAAGAACAAUUACUUCCGGGCCGGCCACCACGGCGCGCCGGAGAUCGUGGCGGAGCCGGUGGACGUGCGCUCGAUGUCGUUCGUGGGGACGCACGAGUACCUGGCCCCCGAGGUCGUUGCCGGGGACGGGCACGGGAGCGAGGUGGACUGGUGGACGCUGGGGAUCUUCGUGUACGAGAUGUUCUACGGGGUGACGCCGUUUAAAGGGUGCGACCACGAGUCCACGCUGGCGAGCGUGGUGGCGCGUGCGCUGGAGUUUCCGAGAGAGCCGGCGGUUCCCGGGCCGGCGAAGGAUCUGAUUGCUCAUCUGCUGAUCAAGGAUCCGGCGCGGCGGCUGGGGUCGACGCUGGGCGCGAUGGCGAUCAAGCACCAUCCGUUUUUCGACGGGGUGAAUUGGGCGCUGUUGAGGUGUAGGAAGCCGCCGUUUGUUCCCCGGCCGUUUGAUUGGCGGAAGCUGGUCAACGUUGAUGCGGAUAAGCCCGUUGAAUAUUAUUAG